AUGGUAGCAACACAUUCAUUUGAACCAUACACAUACGAAUGUUCAGUCGAAAUGUACUUGGACGUAUAUUGGAGUAGAUUCCCACAACAUCCUCUAUUUCCAUACAUUCUAGACUCUGAAGUCAUCGAAAAGAAACAAAACCCUGAUGGCACUGAAACAGUAUUUAGAAGAACAAAGUUGGAUGUUGAUGCUCCAGGCUGGUUAAAAUCUUUAUUUGGAUUACAAUAUUCCUAUUUUAUUGAAGAAGCAACGAUUGAUAGAGCAAAUAGAAAGGUUACGAUUAAAACCAUCAAUGAAACAUUAAACACCAAGGCAAAGAUGGAGGAUAUCACAGUGUACACUGUACAUCCAGAGAAUCCAAAUUGGUGUUGCUUUACACAAACUGGAAACGUAGAGUUGUUGGUUUCAGCGUUGGGUUUCCAAAAAAAGAUUGAAAAGUUCAAAUGUCCUGCUUCAGCAUCAGCUGUAUCAUCUGCAGAUGCAUCAGCUGCAGACCAACCAAAAGAAGAAGAACCACAACAAAUAGUUAAUUUACCAAAUGAACAAUUAAUGAUUUAA